AUGGCUCGCUCUUCCGUUGUCCAGGAGUAUGCCGCGCCCUCGACAACCCUGAGUCUCGACCAGAAGGUCGCCCGUGAACGGCAGACCUACCAAGUGUCUCGCCCAAAGGGUUACCGCGUCUCAUGGCACGCCAAUCCCGCCGUAGAGGCGCAUCAUUUCGGCCAAUCGCAUCCCAUGAAACCCUGGCGUUUGACUCUUACCAAGCAGCUCGUGAUGGCGUAUGGCAUGCACCACGCUAUGGACUUGUACCUGGCGCGGGCGGCGACAUACGAAGAAAUGGCCGAGUUCCAUGAAUCCGACUACCUAGAUUUCUUGCGGCAGGUCAUGCCAGGCGAUAUGGACCGCUCAGAGCAGAGUGACAACGUCGUGCGAUUCAACUUCGGUGACGACUGCCCCAUCUUCGACGGGCUGUACAAUUAUUGCUCGCUGUACGCGGGCGGGACGGUCGAUGCCGCGCGGAAGCUCUGCAAUGACCAGUCCGAAAUCGCAAUCAACUGGUCUGGCGGACUGCACCAUGCUAAGAAGGCCGAGGCCAGCGGAUUCUGCUACGUCAACGAUAUCGUGCUGGGCAUCCUGCAGCUCCUGCGUCAUCACCCGCGCGUGAUGUACAUCGACAUCGACGUGCACCACGGCGACGGCGUCGAGCAGGCCUUCUGGUCUACGGACCGUGUCCUCACUGUCUCCUUCCACAAAUACGACAAAGACAACUUCUUCCCGGGUACCGGAGCCCUCGACGACACUGGUCCCACGCACCCGCUUAACCCCGGCGCCCACCACUCCAUCAACGUGCCGCUCAACGACGGCAUCGACGACGAGUCAUACAUACAGCUCUACCACGACGUGAUCGGUGCCUGCGUCGAGACGUACCGACCCGGCGCGAUCGUCCUUCAAUGCGGCGCUGACAGUCUCGGCUGCGACCGCCUCGGCUGCUUCAACUUGAACGUGCGCGCACACGGCGCCUGUGUCGCCUUCACCAAGACAUUUGGCCUGCCGCUCCUCGUUGUUGGCGGUGGCGGCUAUACCCCGCGCAAUGUGUCUCGCGCCUGGGCUCACGAGACCUCCAUCCUCCUCGAGGCCGACCAGGUCAUCGACUCGACCAUCCCGGAAACAGUCGCCUUCCGCACCCACUUCGGCCCGGACUACUCACUCUUCCCGCCCUUGUCCGAGAUUAGGAAGCUCGAGAACAAGAAUCCCCGCCCCUACCUCGCUGGCCUGGUCGAGACCGUCCACGAACAGCUCCGUUACAUCAAGGGUGCGCCCAGCGUGCAGAUGAGCUUUAUCCCUCCCGACAUUUUGGGCCUACGUGAAGAAACUGAGAAAGAGAUCGAAGAGGAGACCGCCAUGAUGGAGGAAGAGCGCGAGGAGUUUGAGGGCGGUGGCUCUAUGUCUGCCGCGGCCGCUGCAGCCAUUACCAGUGUGCCUGGCUCGGCUGGCGCCGUGCCCCGUGGGAAUCGGCGCCGUGAGCUAGAGCGCGGGGCCGGGUACAAGGGCGAGCUGUAUUCAUGA